AUGAAAGGUAUAUACAUUAUGAAAAUUAAAUUAAAACUAUAGGAAGAUUUACCACUUUUUAAUAUUAAUUUUUGUUAUUAUUAUUACUAUAAUUUGUUUGAUAUUUAUUUCAGUUAUAACAAACAACAGAUGAUAUGGCGGAAGCACAUUCAGCUGUAGCAUUUAGUUUUUCCAUUACUCAUGAAGGAUGGGAUGUUAAUUUUGAUAGAGAAGUUUUACAUUUGGUAUGGCAAUCAGGUAUUCGUUCUUGGAAGAAAAGAUUUUUUAGAUUUGUUGUAAGUAAAUAAAUAUUAAUUUAUAAGAAUUAUAAGAAUUAUAGUAUAUUUAUAAGAAUUAUAUUUUAAUUUACUUAAAUUAAAUUACUAUUAAAAUUAUUACAUUAUUAUCUCUAAAAUAUAAUUAUUAUCAAAUUAAGCUUUAUCUAAAUUAUAAAAUUUACUUUUUUUAUAUGGUAAAAGUUAUUUAAUAUAAAAAUUUAACAAAAAUGUAAGUAAGUUAAUUCUAGUUAAGUUAACGAAUUAACGAGAUAAUUAAAUGAAUUUCAGAAUAAUUUAAGAAGUGGUGUAUAUCCUGCCUCUUUAGAAAGUUUAUGGUUUACCAUAGCUGUGGUAACUGCAAUACAUUUUGCUGGCUACAAAGUACCUUAUGAUCUUGUUGGGAAAGCUGCACCAUAUCUUCCAGGAUCUUCAGUAUUGGCACACUUAGCAGGUUCUUUUAUAGUUGGAUUGUUUUUGUGGUUGGUAGUAAUAUAUAUACUGCGGUAUACUUUUAAGUUAUUACUUAUGUACAAAGGAUGGAUGUAUGAAUCGAGAGAAAAAGGUGCUAGUGCUUCGAGAAUUUCUAAGGUUUGGAGCACAUUAGUGAAAUUGUUCUUUGGAUGGCACAAACCAAUGCUGUAUAGUUUUCAAGGAUCAUUGCCACGACUACCACUACCCUUGGUGGAAGAUACAAUGAAACGGUAUUUACGAAGUGUUCGACCAUUGCUCGAUGAUGAAAACUAUUCCCGAAUGGAGACAUUGGCAAAUGAAUUUCAAAAAGGCAUUGGUGUAAAACUUCAACGAUAUUUAAUUUUAAAAUCUUGGUGGGCUACAAAUUAUGUAUCCGAUUGGUGGGAAGAAUAUGUUUAUUUACGUGGACGAUCUCCUAUAAUGGUGAACUCAAACUUUUAUGGUAUCGAUGCUAUUCUUAUGUACCCUUCUCAUGUGCAAGUUGCUCGUGCUGCAAGUGCAAUUUAUUCGUGUCUACAGUAUCGACGACUCAUUGAACGUCAAGAAUUAGAACCGAUAUUAAUUCAAGGUUUGGUACCUCUCUGUUCAUGGCAAUAUGAAAGAUUAUUUAAUACGAUAAGGAUACCAGGACGUGAAACGGACAAAAUUAUACACUAUCAGGAUUCUAAACAUAUUGUUGUAUAUCACAAGGGAAAAUAUUUCAAAGUUCUUAUUUAUCAUAAAAAUAGGAUCCUCCAACCUUGUGAAAUUGAAAUACAAAUGCAACAAAUUUUAGAUGAUAAAUCAGAACCAUCACUAGGUGAAGAAAAAUUGGCUGCUUUAACAGCUGGUGAAAGAACUACUUGGGCAAUAGCUAGAGAAGAAUUUUUCUCAAAAGGAAUAAAUAAAGCAUCUUUAGAUCUCAUUGAAAAAGCAGCAUUUAUAGUUGCAUUGGAUGAUAUACCAUAUAUAUAUGAUCCAGAAGACCCAGACAAAUUAGAUCAGUAUGGUCGAAUUUUAUUGCAUGGUAAAGGAUAUGAUAGAUGGUUCGAUAAAUCCUUCACUUUGUGUAUAGGCAGUAACGGUAGAAUAUAAAGAAGAUGGUUAUAAUAAAGGAGUAUCAGAGUUCACACCUCCACCUCCUGUUCGACUUCAGUGGGAUUUAAAUCCAGACUGCAUAGUUGCAAUUGAAAAAUCAAAUCAAGUUGCACAAAAUUUAUUAAAUGAUGUUGAAUUACGCAUUUACGUACAUAAUGCAUAUGGUAAAGGAUUUAUGAAAAUUAAUUCAAUGUCACCGGAUGCAUACAUACAAAUGGCCUUACAAUUAGCAUAUUUCCGUGAUUCUGGAAAAUUUAAUUUAACUUAUGAAGCUUCUAUGACUAGAUUAUUUCGAGAAGGAAGAACAGAAACUGUAAGACCAUGUACAAUUGAAUCUACGAAUUGGGUGAAAGCAAUGGAGAAUAAAAAUGCAACUGAAGUUUUAAGUGAACCAUGGAAAUUAUCUACUUCACAAACUCCACAUGGUCAAACCUCACUAAUAAACUUGAAAAAACAUCCAAACUGUAUCUCUGCAGGGGGAGGUUUUGGUCCUGUAGCUGAUGAUGGUUAUGGAGUUUCUUAUAUUAUCGCUGGAGAAAAUCUUGUAUUUUUUCAUAUUUCAUGCAAACGUAGUUCUCCAGAAACAAAUGCAGCCAGAUUUGCAAAACAAAUAGAAAGAGCAUUAGCUGAUAUGAAGAACGUGUUUCUUGAAAGAAAGAAACUGCAAGCUGAAAAGAAUGGUUCUACGUAAUCAUUUUGCAAAAAAAAUUGCAGUUACAAUAUGCUAAUGGAAAAUUGUUUCAAUUUUCCUUUUUUAGAUUAAAAUGA